AUGGUUCCGAUUUCAUUCUUGAGUCAGCCUUCAUUUCAAGAGUUGCUAAGUAAGGCAGAGGAAGAAUUUGGAUUUGACCAUCCAAUGGGUGGACUCACAAUCCAAUGCAGAGAAGAAAUCUUCAUUAAUCUCACUUCUCAGUUGAAUGGCAUGUGA